AGCCUGCCCUGCAUUUCUCGCUUCAUUUUCUUCGGCGGCGAUUCAGCGCAGCCCCUCUUCCAAAUGUGUUUUCCCGAUAACCUUUGUCAAUUCAUGCACACGCACCGCACCUGUCCAUGACGUUCGAGCGGUUGUCUGUCUCCACGGUGUGUGUGCUGUCGGCGUGCACGCCGCGUGCCGCGUGCAGGCGAGUCAUGCUUAUUUGUUCCACCUUGUGAUGAUCUAAUGGGAUGCAACAACCUGACCUGCCUGUCGUUGCGCGCGCAUUUUGAAGCCCACCGAGUGUUUGUUCACCUGCGGAGGUACAAGCAAAAUGCCAUCCCAUUAACCCAAACGACGUUCCCUCCCUCAAGUCUCCGUAGCAGAAGGAUGGCGGCGAGACAUGUCAACCUCCUGUUCGGCUACCUAAUUCAUGCCCUGAGCGAUUACUUGGAGCCCAAAAUGUUCGUAGAUCUCAUAUUGGUGGGUGGUUAAAGCGAAAGAACGCUGACCAAUCAAAAGGCGCUACACGCUUUCAGGAGUGCAGUGCAUGCGCGUGCGUGCGUGUCAGUCAAAUGUGCUUAGCUGCUGUCAGACAGAAGGUCGGAGGUGAGCCGUUGGCAGUCACUCGCCGCAAAGUGCGUCUUUAAAAUUUCAUCGGCUCUCCACGCCCCUGCCGCAGUGCCGAUCAAUAAAUUAUUCAAGCUGAGUCGAGGUCGCUCGGCUCCGCCUCCUCCAGUCAAACCUGCGGUGGCUGGCCAUUGGAUGAGGUGCACUUUGAAGCGAAGCCCUCAGUUGCCACGACGACGACGACGCCCGCCCGCCCGCCGCUGCAGCGGGUUGCCAGGGAAACGGCCGUCAGCUAUUCUCGGUUGCCGUGGGAACAAGCGGCAUUGCCGAGAAAAACAAGAGGCGCCAUGCGCGCGCCGAUCAUCUCGAUGGCAAAAUGGACAUUUGGCCAAAUGUGAGCGCCUCAGCCUUUAGCCUUUAGCCUGAAUUGACAUUGCAUCGUCUGUCACCUGUCUGGACGUAUAGCUUUCCUUUUCUUGACUUCAUGUGAGCGUAGAAAGGUGUAUGCGCCGAGGCGAGGCGAGGUGCGGCGCGGCGCGGCGCUAGGCGCCAUCUCCUUAUGACAGUCACAACUUUGAGCUAUCUACUAGCUCGGCCUGAUCACAGUCCUUUUGCCGUCGCUCUUUCUGUCCUCUUUGGUGUGCUCCACUCGUUAGCGCUCGUCGUUGCCACCGACGCAAGAGGCCAACACCAGAGGCGGCCGAGCCAACGCAUUCCAUGCACCGAAAAAUAUUCUUCUUUGCUUUUCCAUGUUAUAAUAUUUUUGCGUUUUUUUAUGAGCACACCAUUUUCAUUUCACCACGUUGAAUGGAAAAGAUGAUUGCAAGGCUUCCGCUCGAGCCACGCUGCAAAAUAGGUCGCAAAAAUGAAGCAGCACCUCGACUUUGGCUGUGUGCACGGGCGCAGGAGGUGCAAGCAAAAUGGAAUGCGUAAUGCGCCAGCAAAGGUGUCCGUCCGGACGGCUCCCGUCGCGGUUCACGUGCGUUCGCCUCGUGAGACAGCUCAGGUGAUGGAGGCAAAAAAAGAAGAAGUUGUCCAUUAAGUUGAUCAAUAAUUCAUAAAAGUCGCUGCAGCUGUUUCGUGUAAUCAGAGCCCUGCCGACCCAAACGCCCCCUCCCUCCCCUCCCCCCACAAACAGUACAGCAUCAUCAUAAUGCCUCGGAGAGCAAAAAGAAUAUUACUAGGUCAAUGAGAAUCGGGUCAAUAAUAACCACAACCAUCUUUUGGAUAUGCUUUUAAUCCUGCGUGCGUGUGUGUUUGUGCGGGCGGGCGCGCACGCCCAUGCGUGUUUGAAGGUCACUCCACUUCCUGUCGGUCAGCACUUUGACUUGCUUUGUUUGUUGGUGCAUGUGUAAACUUCCUACUUCUAUGUAUGUUUUGGGGACAUUGUUGCUAUCAUUUAAAUAAUAGAAUCAAUCAUUUCAAAACACACGCUACAUCAACAAUGCAUACACGCACAAGUACACACAAGACGCGCGCUCAGAGCAAGGGCCGCUGAUCAAUAUGGUGGACUGUCUGUUUCCCACGAUCUUGUGUGUUGGCGUCAGAGGUGAGCCCCUCCCUUCCGAAGAUCAUUGAUCGUUCUGUUGAAGCUUCAUCAGCAGGAAUCGACAGCCAUGCAGGUUGGAUACAUGCCUUGCACGCGUGCGCGCGCACGCGAGCUCAGCAACAAUCAUCGUGUUCAAGUCGUGCAGUCGCAGAAGGGCAGAGGUCAGAACCAGAUGCCGAAUCGAUGUCCACGGUCGGAUGUCACUCUAUGCUCUCGUUCACGCAAAGUAAUGAACGCUCACGCGCACACGAUCGCGCAGAUUCACUUGACUCGUGCACGCAGCCCCAACGAAGAGACUGACUGGCCCGGCUGCGGCGCAAGAGCGUCGCUUAUUUUCAUGCGUUCAAAUUUCAAAAAGCGUUUGCGUGAUUACUUUGAAGGCGGCGCGGCGGAAGUACGGCUCGCUCUCUCGCCUGCUCGCUCUCUCGCCUGCUCGCUCUCUCGCCUGCUCGCUCUCUCGCCUGCUCGCUCUCUCGCCUGCGCGCUCUCUCGCCUGCGCGCUCUCUCGCCUGCUCGCUCUCUCGCCUGCUCGCUCUCUCGCCUGCUCGCUCUCGCUCGUUCGGCAAGGUUCUGCGCGCGCUGAGCGCCCGCAGCUACACGGGCCGCUCGUCUUCGGCGCUUGGUGCGUGCGCGUGCUCGCUUGCUCGCUCGCGCUCCCGAGGGCGAACUGCGGCGCGCGCGAACCGAGAUGGCAGCAGGACGCCAUGGCGGCUGAAGACAAAGCGAGCCGUGCGGAGAGCGACGCCCGCGGCGCCGUCGGUCGCAGAGCCCGGCCGGCCGCGGAGCGCGCGUCGGCCGCCGCGAGCCUGGCCCUGAGCGCGCUCUCGCUGCUGCUGCUGGUGACGGCCAUCGGCACCGAGCACUGGUACGAGACGGACACGCGGCGCCACCGCGACAACUGCGAGCGGCAGGGCGCCGACUCGGGCGGCCAGCAGAACCGCGACAUGCCCAUCUACCACCUGCCGUUGCUCGACACGGGCGCGGCGCCGCGCGACGUGGCGCUCCUCAAGCCCGUGCACGUGGGCAGCCGCGAGGACGAGCUGCUGGAGAACUGGCGCGCCAUCCUGGGCAUGGGCAUCCUCGAGACCGAGUGCGGGCGGCCGCUCUUCUCCACGCACGCCGGCCUCUGGCGCAAGUGCUACGUCGCCGGCCUCGACCCGGACAUCGACCGCCUGGUCGACAGAGGUAUCGCGGAGCGCUGCACAGCGGUCAAGUAUCAUUUUUCUCAACCAAUCAGACUGAGGAACAUCCCUCUCAACCUGACCAGGAGCAUUCAGCAGGACGAGUGGCAUCUCCUACACCUGCGACGCAUGACGGCCGGCUUCCUGGGCAUGGCGGCCGCCGUCCUGCUGUGCGGCAGCAUCGUGACGGCCGUGGGCUUCUUCUGGGAGGGCAGCCUCACGCGACACGUGGCUGGACUCCUCUUCUUCAUGGCAGGAAUCUUCUGCACCAUCUCUCUGUGCACGUACGCGGCCAGCGUGAGCUACGAUCUUUCCCGCAAGCCCCCCUUCAUCUACGGCCUCCCGGACGACGUGGACCACGGCUAUGGCUGGUCGGUGGCUCUGGCGUGGGGCAGCCUGGCUCUCAGCGUGGCCUCGGGGUGCCUGGGGGCCGCCUUGCCGAUGCUGCGCCACGCAGGGCCGUCCCGUGACAAGGUCGUCCGCGCCUCCGCCGUCUAAAGUGACGACGUCAGCUCCCCUGCCCUGCCCUGCCCUGCCCUGCCCUGCCCUGCCCUGCCCUGCCCUGCCCUGCCCUGCCCUGCCCUGCCCUGCCCUGCCCUGCCCUGCCCUGCCCUGCCCUGCCCUGCCCUGCCCUGCCCUCCUCCUGGCGCCCAGAGAACCGUCCACCCGUGUGUCAAUUGGCAAGAAAGCGAGGUGACGCAAGUUUGACUGGCACGGUUGCGGUGGUAACUGACCUUUGCUCAACUCUCAAUCAUGCUGAAUAACAAAAAUAAUUUUGAUCGUAAUUACAUAGCAAGCCCCAAAUGAUUGCAAGCCAUGGGCUCCAACAUGGAAGCAUCAUUUUUCAAAUAGCGCCUCAACACAGUCCAUGACAAAAACAUCCUGCAAAGCACACAGGAGGGGUACGAUAGCGAAUGCCACGGACGGGCUAACAAAAAGCACACGCACGCGCACACACCGGUGCAAUGAUAGCUUUGGUAAAGUCCCACCAAGUGAGGAGGCGUUUGGUUCCGGUGGCAGCUAAAGAUCUGCCCGUCAUCUGCGAUGCGAGGAGGACUCAAGAUCAGAGGACUUGGUGAGUUUGGCAAAGGCAAAGCUCCUUUCAUGCCUAGUUGCCAUUUGGAGAGAACGGCAGCUGGGAGUGUCUUUCAGCGCCUUCAAGCAUCCUUGUCGAAAGAAGUCAGUUGAGUUGGCCGUCACCGAGCAGAACGUGUCUCUCAAAAAACAAACAAGAAGAAUCGUUCAAAGCACAGCUCGUGCUUGUUUCCCCCCCCUUUUCAGUUGACUGCUUUUUGUGAGCCUAUCUAUGUGUUUAGAUGGACUGCUUUUUUGUGAGCCUAUUUGAUUGUUUGGAUGGAGCGCUUUUCGUGAACCACGCCUCGCCUCGCCUCGCCUGGUCAGUCAAUGUUGACGCCAAUGUAAAUAAAUGCAGCUGCUCUACUUUGUUUGGUGGAAAUCCCAAAUGAAGCAACGUUUCAA